UUCACAGACGAGACGGAGGGCGGAGAAGCGAGGGAUUUAAACCAAAAUUCAUGGUUUAGUGGCUUUAUUUCAGGUAAAAUGACCGAGCCCAAACUGGAGCCCAUUGUGAAGCGCAUCCGUCACCUGAGUUCCCUUGUGAGCACGUCAGGGCUGGAUGGCGGCAAGGGCUCGGGGUUUGUCACGCCACAGCUGGUUGGGCACGAGGGCUUGCUGGAUGCUCUCUUCGUCCUCUACGAUGAGUGCAAUAAUGAUCAGAUGAAGAAAGAUGCAAACGUGUGUGCGUUCAUUGACAAGUAUAGGAGCACAGUACAUGACUUACGUAAAUUACGCGUGAACUUGAAUGACUUUGAGCAGAAGAAAGUGAUUGGAAAGGGCCAUUUUGGUGUUGUCCAAGUAGUUAGAGAAAAAGCAACAGGAAAUGUUUUUGCUCUCAAAAGCCUUCGCAAAUCAGACACCUUAUCACAACAACAUGUUGCUUUUUAUGAGGAAGAGAGGGAUAUCAUGGCAAAAGCUACCUCAACCUGGAUCACAAAAUUGCAGUAUGCAUUCCAGGAUGACCAGCAGCUUUACUUGGUGAUGGAAUUCCAUCCUGGUGGAGAUUUGCUGUCUUUGCUGGAUCGGUACGAUGGCACGUUCUCGGAGGACAUGGCGCGCUUUUAUUUGGCAGAAAUCACCCUGGCUAUACAUGACUUACACUCCAUGGGUUAUGUGCAUAGAGAUAUAAAGCCUGACAACAUACUGAUAGACAGAUGUGGUCAUGUCAAGUUAGCUGACUUUGGCUCUGCGGCAAAACUCACAUCGUCAGGUGUUGUCAGAAGUAAAAUGCCCGUUGGAACUCCCGACUACAUAGCUCCAGAAGUCCUGCAGUCGCUUAACGAGAAAGCUUCCAGUGUCUCUUACGGGGUGGAAUGUGACUUGUGGUCCCUUGGAAUAAUGGCUUAUGAAAUGUGCUUUGGUGAUACACCGUUCAAAGGGGAGAAAGUAGUCGAUACCUACAGUAACAUCAUGAACCAUAAGAAAAAACUCAAAUUUGAUGAUGAAGAAAAUGUAGUCAGUGAGGCUGCGAAGGACCUUAUACGUGGCUUGCUUGAAGAGGCCAGCCAUCGCCUGAAUCACUCGGCAAUCGUUCAGCACAAGUUUUUCCUUUUGGUGAACUGGAAUGAUCUGCAAAACUGUGCCCCACCAUUCGUCCCCAUUGUGAACAGUGUAGACGACACAAGCAACUUUGAGGAAUUUGAGAACGAGAGGAGGCUGCCCAGUGUUGAUGCUUUCCGUACCCGACAGGGCUUCUCGGGCCGGAACUUGCCCUUUGUGGGUUUCACUUACAAUAGGGGCAAGACCAAUGCAGAAGGGCCCAAUCCUACUCCUGGCAUUAGAACAAAUUCCAUUGGUUCAUCAAUUGUCAAUGUCUCCUUCCUUGAUGAAACCUUCAGGGACUCCUCUCAGCGUGAUGAACAAGUAAAGUCCCUGAAAAAGGAAAACCAUGAACUUAAACUGGAGCUUGAGCAACUGAAGGACAAGGAACAUGGAAGGGAGGUCCAAGCGAGAGACAGGAAACUGAAGGAGGCUGAGUGCAAGAUUGAAUAUUUGGAGAAGGAGCGGCAGCGCUUGGAGGAGGAUAAUGUUCGCAAUGAGAGAGCUGCAGCUACGUAUAAAAGAGACCUUGCUUUAGAGAGAUCUAACCGAGUACAGACUGAGACACAGACCAUUGAACUCGUCAGAGGAAUGAAGAACAAGUGGAAGCAGGAGGAAGCCAAGAAGAUAGAGGCUUUAUCUAGCAAAAUUGCUGCAUAUGAGGAAGAAAUUGCAUUCCAGCAGUCACAACACAAGGAAGUAGUGAAUGCACUGGCUGAGAGGGAGAAGGAGUUCAAAGCAUUUGCAACUGAGACUCAGAGGCUGAAGAAGCAACUCCAUGCAAAGGAGAAGAUGGAAAUCUCCUUCCAAAAGGAGAAGGCCGAGAUGGUGUGCCAUGGAGAUUGUUCUCCAGCUCAAGAGGCAAAGCAGAAACUUGAGGAACUCAUCCAAAAGCUGGAGAAGGAGAAGGAAAAAAGAGAGAAGAUCACCACAAAACUGGAGGAAGCAGCAUCGCUGAGGAACGAACUGGAGAAGGAGCUCCACCAGAAGGCUCACGUGGAGGAUGAAAGCAAGCUGAUGGAGAACCAGAUGGAGGAACUCAGCCAGAAGCUAGCCGAGACUGAGAGGGCCUUGGAGGCAGCGGAGGACAAGAUGAAGCACUUCGAACAGCAGAAUCAUGCUGCAAAGAAGCAGCGAAUUGAAGAACUGGAAGGCCAACUUUCCCAAGAAAAGAAGGAAUGUUCAAUUCUGCGGAACCAGUUGCAGGAAUUAACAGGCCGUUUGAAUGAGUCACGUGCUAGUUACGAGAGCCUGGAUUCUACUCGCAGUCUGAGGGAAGAGGAGCAGGAGGCGAAGAUUAAGGAAUUGGAACAAGAGUUGAAACUAGCAACUUCAGGCAAAUUAGACCUCCAAAACCAGCUUGCAGUUGUAAGGGCAAGGGAAGGAGAGCAUAAGAGCAAGAUAUCAGAACUUGAAUUGCUGCUCUCCAAGCUCGACGAUACUGUACGCAGCCUGGAAAAUAAAAAGUCCUCCACAGAAGCAUGUGCAGAGACAUUCCAGGCUAAACUGCAGCUCCUUGAGGCUCAGCUGGAGUCGGCCAAGGCUGCUUGCGAGCAGGACAAGGAGAAGGCCAAGAAGUUAUCUGAAGACCUAAGAGUGGCUAAGGCAGAGCUGUCAGACUGCAAAUUGGACUUGCGUGUAGCCCAGAGAGACGCCAAGUCAUCCCAAGACACUAUCUCGUAUUUGAGGGAAAGAAGCCGAGAACAGCGAACGCAGCUUGAGGAGAAAGAGACUGCUGUACAGAAGGUCAAAGAACUGGAGGAAGAACUGCGAAAGAGCAUGGAGAAGCAGGAUGAGGAGAUCCAGAAGCAAGAGGCUCAGUUUGAGAAAGAGAGGGCAGCUCACAAGCUUGAAAAACGAGGACUGGAAACUCAGAUCAAGAUGGUUGAAUCUGCACGAGAGGAAAUCAAACACGAGAAGCAGAACAUGAGAAGUGAAGCUGAUGAUUUGAGGAAGAAACUCCAAGACUCAGAAGCAACAAUAGCUCAGCUGAAGGAACUGUGCUCCAUGCAAGAUGAAGAAUUGACAGUGAUGGAGAACCUCUCUGAACAAAUCAAAACUCACCAGGAGGAGAAGGACAAACUCCAGAAGGACAUUGAGAAACUCCAAGCUGACCUGAGGACGGCACGGUCAGCUGUCAAUGAGGAAAAGUCCUUGAAGUUGUUCCAGGAGAGGAAGGUGAAGGACCUGGAGAGUCAGCUGAAUUGUCGAGAUGAGGAGAGUGACCAGCAGGUGGCACGACUCAAUGAGCAACUGCAAGAGUCCAACAAGUCCAGCUUGGAAUUGCAUGAACAGAUUGAGAGUCUGGAGAAGGAACUGAAAGAGGCGACUCUCCUGGUUCGCAACAUGGAGCGCGAGUUCACAUCUCUCCAAGGCCAGCGUGACUUGAUGCAGCAGGAGAUUGAUGGUCACAUUCACCACAUCCACACCCUCAAGGAUUCCAACUUCAAGCUGACAGAAGCGCUGGAAACCGCAGUGUCCAAGGGAGAGGCAUUCAAGCAGAAGAUUGAGGAAGUAGAGCGCAUGCUAGCAGACCAGCAACUGAUGUUUGAGGAUGAGAAGAUCAAGAUGAAGAGCACCAUUGAGCAACAGACCAAGCUGAUUGACUUCUUGCAAGCUAAGACUGACAAUUCUAAGAAGAAGAAGAACUUCAAGGAAAAGUUGUUUGGAGGGAAGGACAAAGAGAACACUGGCUUCAGCAUGCCACACCAAUACAGAGAACUGGAGGACCUGUUGGCACGAGAGCGAAUGAAUGGCAAACAGAUCCAAGAGCAGCUGAUCAAGGCCAGGGCUGAGAUUGUUGCAUUGAGGGCUAAUGGUGGCACCCUGGACAACAAGAGUGUCAUGGGCACUCCUCGACCCCCAAGAACUCCCAUGGUGUCACGCACCCCCCUCCAGACGAAGACUCCCCAAAACAAGAGGGCCUUAGAACACAUAGUGGACUCCCCCAACGUGCAGGAGAGCAGCUCCAAGCAAAGGAUGCGGCACAACAUCCCCCAUAGGUGGCAGUCUGGCCUUCAGAUGAGAGCAAUCCGGUGUGCAGGUUGCCUGGAUAGCAUUCCCUUUGCAAGAAAUGCCUCCAAGUGUCAAGAGUGUGGAAUUAUUGCACACAACAAGUGUUGUAUGGAAUUGCCAUCGACGUGUGGCCUGCCUGUCCAAUUUGCAGAACAUUAUGCAAGAGGUUGGAGUUCUGAUUCUCCAGUGAAGUCCCAAGGAUCUCAUUCCUCUCAGAAGUGUGUGAUUCAGGGAUGGUUGAAGAUGCCAAAGUCUGGCAAAGCCUGCUGGGAGAGCCGUUAUGUUAGCCUGGAGCAAGAGGAGAUCCUGAUGUAUGACCAUGAGCCCAGUGCUGGCAUGCAACCUCGCUCUAAAAUUAGCCUGUCACGCCCUGGCUGUAUUACCACUGUUAUGUCUGCUGUUCCGAGGUCUGAGCUACCCAAUACUAGCAGUGUGGAUCUCCCCUAUGUCCUUAAGAUUGAAAUUCGUGCAAAGACUGCCUCUGGACACUCUGAUACUCUGUAUUUCAUGACUACUAAUUUUGAAGAAAAGCAGUCAUGGGUAUCUGCCUUAGAAGGGGUUUUGGCACAAAUGAACAAGGGUGAGGUGGAGGACAACAGUUUGACAGCAUGCAUCCAGGAGAACACAUUGUUAUCACUAGAUGGCCCUAGUCCUCUGGAUAUCAACAUUAUCGUUUACCUGAAUAAAACUACUGCACUGGUUGGAGCAACAGAAGGCCUUUACUCCUUUGAGUUGGACCAGUCGGGGAAGCUGCGGUCUCGUGCACGCAUAGAAGGCAUCAGCAGCAUCCACCAGAUCUUGAUGUUAGAGGAAGCUGGGAUGGUCCUCUUUAUCGCUGGCAAAGAGAACCUGGUGUACAUGAUUGACAUGCGGACAGUGGUUGCUGCAGCAGAAGCAGCUCAGCUUUCUAAGCCAAGUUUAAGUAUGCAACGAGUGGAACCGCUUCAGGGUUGCCAUCUAUUGGCCUCAGGUUGCACUACAGCAAAACAGACUUUCAUGUGUGCUGCAGCUUCUGACAGAAUUAGCAUCUUGGUGUGGAAUGACCUGAAGAACGAGUUUAACGUCUGCCGUCAGUACAGCACCCAGGAACCCUGCAGUUGCUUGCACUUCACCAAAGCCUCUCUUAUUGUGGGUGCUGAGAAGUUUUACGAGAUAGACCUCAAGACAUUUGAUAUUGAAGAAUUUUUGGAUGAGUCAGACACAUCUCUUGCUUAUGCCAUAUAUGGUUCAACCCAGAUGUCUUCCUAUCCAGUUGCCAUUCUGCAGGUGUCAAAGCCAGGAAAGUACGAGGAAUACCUGUUGUGCUUCUACGAGUUUGCAGUGUUUGUAGAUCCUUGUGGACAGAGGUCUAGAGAGCAUGACAUCAAAUUCACUCGCUUGCCCAUUGCCAUUGUCUUCCGCAGUCCCUACCUGUAUAUCAUACACCAGAAUGCAGUAGAGGUAAUUGAGAUCCGGCCAGACUCCUUCACCAAGGUGACCGGUGUUGACACAGACACAGACAGCGAUAUCGGCCCGCCCAUCAGGAUGGUUACGAAGAAUAUGGCCAGGCCGUCCUAUCUUGGUCCUGCGCUGAAUGCCGAAAGCAUCACCAUUGCCUCCAGGAGUUCCGAGAAGCUGCAGGUCAUGCAGAUAACAGCCAGCUUCCCAGAAGACCUUGACAUGUCCUCCACUUGGGGGACACUGCCUUCGUUUUCCAUGCAGAAAGAGGAACCAGACACAGUAUCGGUCAACUCGGUCAGCAGCAGGGGCAGUGUGACCAGCUCGGACAGUGACUUCGGCCAAUUCAACAAGCGCGUGCAGUUUACGAACGCUUCCCACACCCCCAGCAGUAAAAGAUCAAAGACGGGGUUAUAA